AUGGGCAAAUCGUCCAAGGACAAGCGCGACGCCUACUACCGGCUGGCCAAGGAGCAAGGCUGGCGCGCCCCCCCCCCCGUCCCCGAAUUCGACCUGUUUAGCAACGUCUCCCGCGUCGUCGACCUCUGCGCCGCGCCCGGCUCCUGGUCGCAGGUCCUCUCGCGCGUGCUCAUCCAGGGCGAGAAGUUUGGCCGCGCCGCGUGGCAGGACCGCGAAGCCCGUCUGCGCCAGCAAAUGCUCAACGUCCUGCCCCCGGCCGCCGCCGACGACGACCAAGCUGCGACGGACAAGCCCCUCCACCGGGAUCAUCAGCCCGCCGCCGCCGCCCGCCGCGACGACGUCAAGAUCGUCUCCAUCGACCUGCAGCCCAUCGCGCCCCUCGCCGGCAUCACCACCCUCCGCGCCGACAUCACCCACCCGGCCACCGUCCCUCUCCUCCUUUCCGCCCUCGACUCCACCGCGGACCGCCACCCGGUCGACCUGGUGCUCAGCGACGGCGCGCCGGACGUCACCGGCCUGCACGACCUCGACAUCUACGUGCAGUCGCAGCUGCUCUUCGCCGCGCUCAACCUCGCGCUGUGCGUGCUGCGGCCCGGCGGCGCCUUCGUGGCCAAGAUCUUCCGCGGCCGCAACGUCGACGUGCUGUACGCCCAGCUCAAGCUCUUCUUCGAGACAGUGGUGGUGGCCAAGCCGCGCAGCAGCCGCGCGAGCAGCGUGGAGGCGUUCAUCGUGUGCAGGGGGUUCCGACCGCCGCCGGGGUUCCGCGCGAGCCUGGAGGCGCCGCUGGGCGUCGGCGCGCGGCUCGGGGACAUGGUGGCGGACAGGAGGCGGCGGAUGCCGCUGCGGGCGACGGGCAGGAUGCAGGACCCCACGCGCGGCACGUGGGAUGCUGCUGUGGGAGGUGGCGACGAUGAUGAUGAGUACGGGCACAGGUUGGGUUAUGACGAGGUGGAGGAGGGACAGGUAUACGAUGGUGAUGAAGACGAGGCGGACACAGCACGGACGGCGACGACGGAUCCGAGCAAGAGAUGGAUCGCUCCUUUUAUUGCGUGCGGUGACCUGUCCGCGUUCGACUCGGACGCCUCCUACACGCUGCCCGAGGACUACGUCUCGCUGGACCCGGUGCAGCCGCCGAUUGCGCCGCCAUACAAGCGAGCGAUCGAGAUGCGCGCUGCCCUAUCCAAGAGCCGCUAA